GGUCUUUAUAAAGAGUAUUUAGAAUUGACUCCCACUCUGACCCGUGAAUGCCUAGGUUAAUUCUCACUUAUCAUAGUUACUAUAUUUAUUUAAUCAACUGCAGCAACUCAUUUGUACAUUUUAUAUAUGUGUAUAUAUAUAUAUAUAUAUAUAUAAUUUUUCCCCUUUUCCAAUCCUCAUCGUUUGUUUUAGUUGGCUCUCAUGCUAUUCAGAUAUUCGUGUCGCGUACCAGCAGCACCUCGUCCUUGAGUGUCACCUGGAAAGGGCAAGUUAGAUAACACAAAAAAGGAUUUGAUUUUGCAGACAAUAUAUUAAUACCUUAAUAAAAUAUACUGUACAUGUAUGUAACAAUUAAAGCCCGUUGACCAACAGUUAUUAUUGUUGCAAAUUGCAGCUUUGCAGUUUGCAAAUUGUUUUCUACUACAUUGCAAAGUUGAUUUGAAUCGGUAGAAUUGUCCAGUACUAAAGUGGACGCACUUUAUUUUCUUUUGUGGGCCCCAUAACACGAUGUAGCAGUCUGGCCUUGAGUUUUGUCUUUUGAUGUUGCCUUAUUGGAGUUUUGAAAUGCAUUGCACAGCAUGUGCGUGACUUUGCACCUUCUUUUACCCACCUGGUAAUCAAUUCCUUCCUCUCUGUCUGGGUGUCUGUGUGUCCUGGCUCAUCCUCCAUGCUCUCUUUCACACAGACCAAGGGACAGGAAAAACAAUGUAAAGCAUCUCAAGGCCAAGCAGGGCUACAGGAAGAUAAAAAGCCAGUUUUCCCAGGCCCCCGACAGCCAACACCUUGAGCCGCAUCCGCCCGUCUGCUCACUCCUACCGCCACCCGCCAUUGCAAGAAGCCACCGCCGCCACUUUUGUCGAUUUUGCUCGCCGCCGUCCGACCAUCUGAAGACCUGAAGAUGUCCUUUGCCGUCGUCGGCGUGAUGGCACUGAUGUGCUCCUCCGUGGUGAUUGCGUUUGUCCUGCAGCCUUCCAAGCAAGAUGAUGUGAUGCCAGAAGACUCCAACAGCAGAUGCCGUAGUGACUCCCUGCAGUCCAUCCGCAAGGAGCUCCUGGCUGCCCUCAACCUGCAAACUGAGCCGCGGCUGCCAGAGGGCGCCAGGGAGCAGUGGAGAGGAAGUGCUGAGCGGCUCAAGGCUGUGACAGUUCCUUCCAGCUCCUCUUCUGAUGAUGGACGGGACACCUCAGGAUGCUGUGCCGAGACCUCAGAGUUUUCCAUGACAGAGCUGGGCUGGAACAAUUGGAUGAUCUAUCCCGAACGUGUGACCUUGGUGCACUGCACGCACUGCGGUCAGAGCGCGUCGUGCAGGCCCCAGCCCAACGCCCCCCAACGUGACUUGCAGGUCCAGGCACCGUGUUGCCAGCCCACCACUCAGGAAGCGGUGCCUGUCAUGUACAUGGACGAGUGGAACACUGUGGUCAUCACUUCUAUGCACCUGACCCGCCGCUGCGGCUGCCAGGCCACCCUGCAACCCCCCCAGGAGUAACCGUGUGUCACCUGUAUAGCGCAUCACAGUUCCUCCACUUUCGAAUUCUAUAAUAACUUCAUGUACUGCCGUAGUAAUCCACUGUAAAAAAAAAAAUCAAUGAAA